AUGGGUCGCAUACAGCGCCUAGAGGUAGAAAACUUCAAGUCUUACGGUGGCAAGGUGUGCAUCGGACCUUUCGUGGAGGGGUUUACGGCUGUCAUCGGACCUAACGGCGUUGGUAAGUCGAACUUAUUAGAUGCCUUGGGGUUUGCGCUAGGCUUGCCCGCCCGCUUUCUUCGGGCGCAGCGCUUAGCAGAACUUAUCUAUCGCAAAUCUGACCAUGAUGUUGUUCAUGGGCAGGAAGUUGCUGGUGAACAUAACGUGGACGGUGCAAACCAGUCCCACCGUGAAACGGCGGUGGCAGGGCACGCAGACGGCUGCGCUAGCGUUCGUCUCUUUCUGGAGGUUGCGCCCGACCAGGUGCUCAUUUUUGAGCGUUCCAUCGAAACGAAAGGUGUUGCGAGCUACCAGGUGAACGGUCAACCGCUGAGCUCCGAGGAAUAUGCGGAUAAGCUGGCAGAACACUCGAUCUUAGUGAAAGCUCGCAACUUCCUCGUGUUCCAAAACGAAGUGGAAGAUAUAGCGACAAAGUCGGGAAAAGCGUUAUCUGCGCUCUUCGAAGAGAUAUCGGGAUCGGCCGAGUUACGCAAUGAGUACGAUUCGGCCUUGGCGGAGGUUCGCAAGGCCGAGCAACGGCUCCAUUUGUGCGCCCAGAAAAAGAGGGGCCUCCUGGCCGAAAAGAAACAGUGUCGCGCGCAUUGCGAUGAAGCUGAGCGUUACAACCAGCUGCAGCAACAGAUCGCGAAGAUCAGGAAGCUUCGCGUGCUGUUCCAGCUGUUUCAUUUGAAGAAGGAUGAUUCCGAAGCUGAAGAAAGCACGCAGGGACUCGAACGCGAGUUGGAAGCUCUGCGAGCACGAAGAGUUACCAUCGCCAGCGACCUGGAAGACCAGAAACGGGCUCUCGCCAGCAUGCGCCGCGAACAAGCCGCCCUCGAAAAGCGGCGGCAAGCACUCGAGUUAUCCCUCGAGAAGAAUCUGAUACAGCAAGCAGCUAAACGAAGCGAAGCUCGCGCUGCGGAGAAGCGGCUCUCGAUGGAGCAGAAGGCCCUCGACAACCUUCGCACCAAUCGGACGCGAUCCAGGGAGGAGAUUCAUGCGCUGGAAAAGGCGCUUGCCGAAGUUGGAGAAGCGCUGCGUGCUUUGAACGAAGAAGAGGAGCAGGCGUUGGCAGAAUUGCAAGCCGCUCACGGAGUGGAUUCCUCUGCAGUUCGCAGGUUACGUGAUGAGGCGGUCGCGAGCACUGCGAGCAUGCGUGAGAUGCUUACCACGGCCGAGAGAGCAACGGCUGCGCUACGCGCCAUGCACAAGACGGAGGCGCAGAAGCUCGCGGCCUUAGAACGACGCUUUCGCGAGCUGGAAAUCGAUCGUGAUCGUCUUUCCAUGCAGAUCGAGAAGAUUCGGGCAAAAAUCCAAGACGCGGAGAGAAAUUUGGAAGAGGCCCGCAUCGCAGACCAGAAGGCGCGACGGCGGUCCAGCGAACAGGCACAGAAACGCGAGGCGCUCGAGAGGGCGGCCCAGCAGUAUCGCGAGCGUCUGCUAGAACUUCGCUGUGCACGAAUGGAGUCCGAAAGAGAGCGAAGAUUCCACGAAACCUUAGAUCAAAUCAUGCGUCUGUUCCCUGGCGCUCGAGGUCGCAUCGUGGAUAUCUGCCGGCCCGUCCAGCGACGCUACGAAGAAGCCGUAUCUGUCAUUCUGGGCAAGCUUGGAGAUGCGAUUGUCGUCGAUGACGAACGUACAGCAAGCGAAUGCAUCGCUUACUUGAAACAGCAACGUGCGGGCACGGCUACGUUCUUGCCCCUUGCUGAGAUUCGUCCCGCGCCCAUUGAUGAGAGCUUGCGUGGUAUUGGUGGCACUGUGCGGCUCGCAAUCGAUGUACUCGAGUUUGACAAGUCAUUCUUCCCGGCCAUUCAGUAUGUUGUCGGAAACGCCUUAGUUUGCGACAGUUUGGAUGAAGCACGCCAUGUUGCGUACGGCGGCAGUCAGGUUUCACGCAUCUGCACAAUCGAUGGCACGCUGAUCCACCGUUCUGGGUUCAUUACCGGCGGCGCGGAAUCCGAUCAGGGUGCGUCGCGCACGCUCUGGGAGAAUGAACAGGCCGUCUCUCUCAAGCGGGAAUUGGAUGAAGUUUUGCUGGAGUUAGCGAAACUUGGUCCAGUAGAUUCGGCACAAGAGCGCAAUGAAGCUGAGCAAGCCCAUGAAGUGCUCCUCAGUACUCAAAGACAUCUCGAGUAUUUACGACACGAGCUGCAACAAAAUGAGGAACGUGCUGUCAAAGUCAGCUCCCAGCUGAAUGCGCUUCACGAACAAGUCUCCAAAGCCAAGGUCAGCGAGGAACAAUGCCGGCAUCAACUCGAACAAGGCGUCGCAAAUGUAUCCCAGAUCAAAGAAAGAAUCGAACGCGCAGAGCGAGAAAUACUCGGAGAUAUUUCCCCGCAGAGUAUUCACCGAAACGAAGAGUUCCGCGAGCGUCGCCUGGCGCUGACCUCCCAGCAAGCCAAACUGCGCGCUCGUUUAGAAUACGAAUACGCCAGAGAAGCAGAAACCAGCGAGCAGGACCUCGUCGAGCGCGUCCAAAAGGCCACCGCAGCCAGAGCUGAGCUGGACACCCAGAUUGAACGCCUAGAGCGUGAGCAGGAAACACUCGAGCACAGUAUCCGGGAGGCACUGCAACAACAAGAGCAUAUUCAGCAACAACUGGCAAAAAUAGAGGAAGCUCUGGAAAAGAUGCGCGAAGAAGAGAAGCAGCUGGCAGAAGACAUCAGUUCCAAGGAAAACGCCCUGAACACGCACCGCGCAAACAAGGAGGAUAUCGCCGAGCGUCUGCGCGCCCUGGAGACUGCGUGUCGCAUCGACCAGAUCGAUGUGCGUGCGCCCGCGACAGCAGCAGAGGCGGGUCGGGGUCAGGGCCGCGGCGCUGGGCAUUCGAGCGAUCGCGCACGCGCUCGGACGCGCACCCGUGGUCCAUCUGGUGCGCAGUCCGAAGACCCUGUCCUAUUUGCAGAGGAUCUGGAUAUGUCGCUCUUGAGCGAAGAGCAUAGACAUGCGAGAAGCCACUCUGAGCGCAUGGCCAUAGAGUCGUCGUUGAAUGAACAGGAACAAAGUCUCGUGGCAGAGUUGGAGCGCAUGGCCCCAAAUCUGCGAAUCACGCAACAGCUCGAUGAUAUCCAGCAGAGGCUCGACCUUGUUGCCACCGAGCAGGAGGUCGCUCGUGGCGCGCUUGCGGAGGCAAAUCGUCGAUGGUUGAACGCGCGCGAUGAGCGUACGCGGCGCUUUCGGGAGUGCUUCGAUCAUGUCGCCGUCUCCAUCGAUGGCGUAUUCAAAGAGCUUACACGAUCAGAGGUACAUCCCGUGGGCGGAAGUGCCUCGAUCAGCCUCGAGUCCGCGUCGGAGCCGUACCUAGGUGGCAUUCGCUUCAGCGUCAUGCUCCCCGCAAAGCGCUUCCGCGAGGUGGAUCAGCUCAGCGGGGGCGAACGCAGCCUGGCGGCACUGGCACUUGUCUUUGCACUGCGUGACUUUCAGAAGUGUCCGUUUUUGAUUAUGGACGAGAUUGACGCUGCACUGGACCCCGCAAACUUAAGCCGCGUGGCGACUUACAUUCGAGGGCGUUCCGUACAGUCCCAUCCAUUUCAAACGAUCGUCAUUUCGCUUAAGGACCAGUUCUUUGAGUUCGCCAAUGCCCUGGUUGGUGUUUAUCGCAACCCUCUCGAAGGUCACUGCAGUCGCAUGCUCACCCUAGAUUUGGAUGCCACUGUCGCAGCGACGAACACUGCGGACGCCAAAGAGACGCCUGCAGACUCGUCGCCCAGUUAG